UCGAUUAUGGCUGGGAGAAAGAGGAAGAGGGGAACGUAUGCUCCGGAUCGAUGAAAAGAAGUAAGGGAAGAAGAUGGAGGAGCAACGAGUUUGCAGCCAUCCCCGACGGAGUUAAAGAAGCCAAUUGAGGGAGGAGAAGGAGUUGAAGAAGAAGUUCCGAUGUUAAGUCCGGUUGUCGAGGCAGAUGAAGAAGAGAAUGAGGAAGAAGAGUCUGGGAAUGAGGAAGAAGAGAACGAAGAAGAAGAGAACGAAGAAGGUCAAGGGAAUGGCGAAGACGGAGGAGAGACUAGUGGUAGUAGUACAACCUUGUUGGACUCCUCCUCUGAUGAGAGUAUCGAGGAUGAGAUAGCAAAUGGAAAUCGAGUGAAAAAUGCGGCGGAGAUGGAUACAAUGAGGGAGAACGUGAUCAUAUAUUUCAAAUGCGAAUGUCGCAUGAAUAUCUUGAUGAUGAAGACAUCAGGGGAGAAGAUAACUCUGUCAUAGUAUUGGUAUAACUAGAUAAAACUAGUCGGAUUUUAUUUGUAAUGCUGGUACAACUAGGUAUAAUUAUCAGUCUUU